AUGACUUACGCUGAAAUCAUCUUCACGGUCGCCAAAUUCCAACACACCUGCCUCAAUAUCCACGCCAUUAUCACCUUCGUCACUGUGUUCUGGCCUCGAGUCCUUGAUCCAUCAGGGAAGAAGUACCCUGUUGACCAUUCCAUACUGGGAGCGUUCACCAAACACCUUUCAGUCAUGGACGAUCUUCAUCGUGCUGGCAUUCCUGCCUGGUAUAUUCGUCCAAGUAGCCGUAUACCCAGUGAUACGAUAUUUGCCAACAAGGUCUUCCUUCGGGAACCAACAGUUGAACUUCGCCAGUUCCACCCGACUCCAUUUGAACCGAUUUACCGUGGCAUCCCUUCCCUCAAAAUGCACCAAGUAACCCAGCGUGUUGGCUGCCGUACGUUCAACCUCCUGAGACCAACGCGCAUGCAGGCACCGUUGGGUCUAGAACCAUCGGUUCAUGACGCUGCUACUGGCCCACCCGGACUGUAUUAA